CACGUCCUGACGUUGACUCACAGGACAGAGGCAGCGACGUAAAUGGCUAGCUGCGAAAACAAAUGAACCAAACGGAGAAAUAAAGCUCAGAAAGUCAGUCUGGCUGCUGCACCAUGAAGGAAAAACUGUGAGCUGCUUUUCAGAGUAGUAGCAAUGAUGGGAAUACGGAGAGGGGCGUUGUUAAAGGCAGUGUAUGCAGCGCAGCCGAAGCUGCUAAAGGACACCGCAAGCAGACAGCUCCACAGCACAUAUGAUGUGGCCAUUGUUGGUGCUGGCAUUGUGGGCCUGGCCUCAGCCAGAGAGCUAAUUCUAAGACAUCCGGCGCUCACCUUCGUCCUGCUAGAGAAAGAAAAAGAACUUGCUGUACACCAGAGUGGGCACAACAGUGGAGUCAUCCACAGUGGGAUCUACUACACCCCGGGCUCGCUGAAGGCUCGACUGUGUGUCCGAGGAGCAACUUUAGCAUACGAGUACUGCGAGAAGAAAGGGAUUCCUUAUAAGAGAUGUGGAAAACUAAUCGUUGCUGUGGAGCAGGAAGAGAUUCCCAGACUAAAAUCUUUGUACGAACGUGGCUUGAAGAAUAACGUGCGGGACCUCAGCAUUGUUGAUGCCAAGGAGAUUCGAGAGCGAGAGCCCUACUGCAGGGGGAUAAUGGCCUUGGAUUCACCCUACACUGCGAUUGUGGACUGGCGGAUGGUGGCUCUCAGAUAUGGCAAAGACUUUGAGGAGGCAGGUGGCGCAGUGGUUACUGAGUUUGAGGUCAGUGAUAUUGCCAUGGUCAAAGAGAGCCCAGCUGGGAACCCUGAAGGAAUGAAAUAUCCCAUUGCAAUAAGAGAUAAAAAGGGUAAUGAAGUGCAGUGUCGUUAUGUCCUGACCUGUGGGGGCCUGUACUCAGACCGACUGUCGCAGAUAUCUGGAUGCAGUCCAGAACCGAGGAUCGUCCCCUUCAGAGGAGAUUAUUUGGUCUUGAAACCAGAUAAACACUACCUGGUCAAAGGAAACAUCUACCCCGUUCCUGACCCUCGAUUCCCAUUCCUUGGUGUUCACUUCACCCCGAGGAUGGAUGGAAGUGUUUGGCUAGGCCCCAAUGCAGUCCUUGCAUUUAAAAGGGAGGGGUACCACCUAUAUGACUUCAAUGCCCAGGACUUUGCAGAUGCACUUUCCUUUAGAGGCCUUCAGAAGCUUAUAUUUAGGAAUGUAACUUAUGGGAUCGGGGAAAUGUACAGAGGAGUUUUCCUUGGAGCACAGAUUAAAAUUCUGCAGAAGUAUAUUCCUGAACUCUCUCUAAGUGAUGUGCUCAGAGGUCCAACGGGGGUCCGAGCUCAGGCCCUCGACCGUGACGGGAACCUUGUGGAUGACUUUGUCUUCGACGGCGGUGUCGGAGAUUUGGGCAGUCGGGUGCUCCACGUGCGCAACGCUCCCUCCCCGGCUGCUACUUCCUCCCUCUCCAUUGCUGAAAUGGUUGCAGAUGAGGUGGAGAGUCGCUUCACGCUGUAGGUGAUCAGUGUGAGGAAACUGGAAAAGCUGCAGAAAUCCAGGCUGAAGUCACCAAUUCAAACUUUAUGCAUCACAGAGCCUAUUGAUUUAAUGUCAGGUCUUAAUUUUGACUUCUUUUUUAAGGCUUUUCUCACUGAAGUACUAAAACAAGCUCCAAACAUGUUUACUCUUUCACAUCACUGUAAAAACCCAUUUUAUCCUCCACAAAACCUUCUGGAGACAAGAUGCAUCAUGGGUUAAAAGUAGCAACCAUGUUGAACAUGAAACUAGAGAUUAUUUUCUAACUUUGUUUAGAGCAUUAACAUUCAGAUUUUUACAGAGAAUGUGGACAUGCCCUUUUAAAUCAGGUGUUUCUACUAGUUAACCUGUGGUGCUGAUAUCAUUUUUUUAGCUAAUUAUUGACUUGAGUAUGUUUAAGUAAUAAAGCAUCUCAGGCAGCACAUUUGUUUGCACAAAAAUGCACAAUUUAUCGGGAAAUGAUGUUUUUUGUUUUGUUUUCAGUGGUUUUGAGUUUCUACAUGAUACCAAACCUAUAUUUUGCUUUUUAACCUUUAGAUUCUUUUUUUUUUUUUGUAGUUUGAAACUGUGAUCUUCUUUGAAUUUGCCUUUUUUUUAAGUUGCCUUGGAGAAUUCACUCACUGCUGUAACUAUUAAAAAAAUCUCAGUGUUAUUUUAUUUACUUACUGACAAAUGAAUACUUAAGUAUUUUUACAGAAGAUAUAUUUUUUAACUGAAUGUCCAUGAAUUUUGAGUCAUUGUCGCCUUUAUAAAGUACUGCAUCCUUGACAUGCUAAUAAUGCGGUACUAAUAAAAGCAUAGGGGAAAAUAUACAAAAUGCAAAGAGAUUAAAAGAAGUAUUCUCAAAAGAUCAACUUUAACUUAAUGCGAAACAUUUGGAUAGAGGCACUGAAGAAAAUGCUUAAUUCCUUUUUGCAUGUUUUUGGGUUGAUGACAUCACAGGGGACACAAGAAUUGAGGGGAUCAGCUAGCAUUGGUUAGCAUUAUGGCAGAGGAGUUAGGUUUGACGUGUUUAACGUGAAGCAUUCAGGUUGCAUUUGAGCUGCAAUGGGUUGAACCUGAUAUGUUUGAGCCAGAGUUUGACUCUGAUCAACCCUCAGCUGUGAUGCUGGCAUGGAUGGUGAAACAGAAGCAAACCAUGAUGAGAACAGUGACGGUCUUCAUAACUGUAACUGGUACAAAUCUUUAUUUUCCUGGUUGAUAUUUUCUGUCUGAUUUUUUGACAUACAAAUUCUCAUUGUAAAAUUAGUAAAUGCAGUAUUCUUCUUGUAUCACAUUAAAUGGUCAUGUUUUUUUGUUUUUUUUGUCAGUACAAUGGCAGUACCUAGAGUCUGAACUCACUAUGUUAGCAUACUCAAACAGUGGGUGAUGGGAUUUUUUCUUCUUCCCUUCUUGUUGACUGGAAUGAUGAUGAUGGUAUAGGCUGUACUGCAGGUGAAUACAUGGUAGGGCUAACUUUUUGCAGUCAUUAAAGGUCAGAGCAAGCCUCAACAGUUUGAAACGAUGUUGGAACUUGUAAAUCAUCCUAAUUGAAUCCUUCAACCAUACCUUUUGGUUUUUAUUGCAACGUGGCUUGCAAUGAGCACUAAAGAUCUUUGAUUUAAACCUGGCCAUUCCAGUCUGCCCUGGUUGUAUUUACAACCCUCUUCCAUCCGUUUAAUUUUUCUAAAAUCCAUGCUGUGUUUUCACUUCGGGCUCAACAGAGGGUGUUUCUUGAGCCAUGCAGGACACAAGUUUCUGGAAGGGGAGAUUUUAUCUUGAUUAAAUACUUACGAUAAAAUUGCAAAUCAAAAAACAACCAUGGUAUGCUGUUCUGUAUGUCGUAAACUAUACCUAAACUUAGUUUGACUGUUUUUACAAAAAAAAAAGUCUGGCUAGAUGCUUCAAUAUGUUUUUUUUUACAAGUUUUCUAACCAGUUCUUAAGCGAUGUAGAAAUACAGUUUCUCCACAAGAGGGCAGAAUAACAAUAAUAAGCCCCGUUAAUGAACCUUAGUGGUGGCAAAAAUAUGUUUAAAUUAGAUCCUCUUUAUACAAGCAGCGGUGUUUUUACGAAGAAACUUUGCAUUUUGGUUUCAGAAUAAAUUGUAUUUGAUGUAUCAUUUGGUUUCUUGUCUGUUGGGUAUGUAUGUGGUAAUGUUUUGACCCAACUUAAAUAACAAAACGAAAAUAAAUAAAUGUGUUUAAUAUUA